AUGGCGAACGAAGGCAGCUCGCCCAAGGGUGCGUCCCAGACGUCCGACAGUCGAAUUGCUGCAAUCUUUGGCGCUGACGCAUCGCGAGGGUGGCCUGGGCUGACGAUUGGCGGCAUGGGUGGUUCAGGCGCGGCGGAGGAAACUGCUUUCGGCGACUCUGCGGCCGCGCUGUCCCGCCAGGGCUCCCUCCAGCCGCAGUGGAUGCAACAGAGGGCCGGCGCAGGGGGGGGCGCGGGAGGCGGGGAGGGGGCCGGAAGGCGCGCGAGCGUGGAUUCGAGGCCGCCCGGCGGCGACCGGUGGCCGGGCUCCGAGGAUGCCGGGGAGCAGGAGCGGGACGCUGGUAGGGGGCGAUGGGAGGGGCGAGAGGACGGGGGCGCGGGCGGCAGGCCCUCCAGGUGGCGCACGGACGAUCGGGAGACCUGGGCGCCCCCGAAGGACAGGUGGACGUCCGGGCAGGAGGGGCGGAGGUGGGUGGACCCUCCGGGGCAGGCCCGGCAGCCGGCCCAGCGCGCUGACCGAGAGCACUGGGGGGGCUCGGAGGUGAGUGGGCUGUCCAGGAGCUACGGGGACAGGUGGGACACGGAGGGGGACCGGUGGACGGCCGGGGACAGGGAUGCCUACGUGCCCAAGCACGACUAUGUGCCCAAGAAUCCUCGGUGGAACGACGAAGAGAGGGGAGACCGAUGGCGAGCUUCGGGAGGGACACAACGCACAGAGGUACAGCCGCCAAGGGGGUUCACAAACCAGCGGAACCGUGGCAGUGUACCAUACCGAAGUGAGCGGGAUGGUGGAGAGGGGGCAUCAGCGCCGCCACACAUGAGGGCGCAGUCUCAGGCAAAGGUGGCUGUUGGCAAAUACAGCAAAAAGCAACUGCUGGACAUCUAUGACACCAUGUUGCAAAAACUGGGGGCGGCAAACCUGCCCAUGCCUGAUGACUCUGAGAAGGACUACCCUGGCCUCUUGAAGAGCGAAUAUGACCAGCCUCAUGUCAUAAAGCCCCGGCAGAGUGGCAGGUUUGCUGACGAUGAUGGCCAAGAGAGCAUGGACCACCAUGUUGGAAGCCUUGGGAGGGAUGGAAGCAAAGAUGGUGGCAGGGAUGACAGUCUGCUCUCCUUGUGCAUGAAGAGUGGGUCGGGUGCUGGAAUCUCAAAGGAGCACCUUGAAGCAGACCAGUGGAUGUACCAGGACCCCGAUGGGAACCUCCAAGGUCCAUUUGGGAAGGAGGACCUAUUGAACUGGUGGGAGGAAGGAUUUUUUCCAGAGGACCUGCCUGUGCGCUCUGCCCUUGCUGGAAACAGCGACUUUGUGCCAAUAAAGCAGCUCCUAAAGAUGUGGAAUCCUCCCCCACCCCCCGGGUUUGGGGUAAUGAGGCAGUCGUCGCUGCAAUCGCGGACAUCUGCAAGUGCGGCCGAGGCCUCUGGGCAAUCAUCGAGCCAGCACUUGGGGCAGACACCAUCACAGGACACGAACCUCCACUCCGGAAUCGUUGGUGACUUCUGCGCAACGAGUUCUGCACCUUCUCCUGCUCCAAGCCCUGAUGUCAGGAUCCCGCGUCAGGCCACACAGCAGGCUGUUGGAAGCCUCGACUCGCGCGGCAGCUGGCAGGUUCCCGACUUGGGCCCGGCAGAGCGACUGACGCACCGUGCAUCACUGGAAGGUCAUCCUUUUGAGCGGGUGGAGCAGUCCCUCGCCAUGCUGACCCUGCAGCAGGGUAUGGGCCAGGCUGGACCGGCUCAAAGGCCGCAGGGACUGCCAUUGGUGGGCCGGGGGUGCGAGCCACCCAUGCCAGCAUACAAUCCUCUGCUGGGUCUUCAGCAGCAGGCAGGACUGCCAUUUGGAACCCCACCACGUCAGGGGGGCCACUCGCUGGGGGCUAUGGGAACGCCACCGCUCGCACCCUUCCCGCCUCACCCAGUCCCCAUGCCACAUCAGUUCGACAACCUGCAUGGCCUUCCCAGGCCUGCGGACCAUCACCGGCUUGGGUUGCCGCCAGAGCCGUCGGCGCAGGACAUAUUCAAUGUCGACCUUGGCUUGGAACAGCAGGCUGGGCGUGUAGCGUUCAACAUGCAACACCUGGGCGGUCAUCCGAUGGGUGGUUUUCCACCCCAGAACCCGAACCCCAUCGUGCGGCCCGAUGUGUUGUCCCUGCAGUCUCACGCCCUCCUUCAAGGUGUGAGGAACCCUGGGGAGGGUCACGGGGCCAGCGCGGGCCCACAACAGCAAGGUGGAAACUAUUACUCCUCCCCCUUUCAUCUGCCCCCUACCUCACCGCAGCCUCACUGGAGCCUGACUGGCGGCGGUGUCGGGCCAGGGUCCGCUUCAGGUGCUGUCACGGGCAUGGGUGCCAGCCCGGCGGCAUCGAUCUUGAAUGCCACGCAACAAGCGCUGGAGUCGCGAGCGAGCGCAAACAAGAUGACGUCUCAGAGCCUGGCUGUAAUGACGGGCAUACCGCCCGUCAUGGGGUCCCAUGAUGUUGGCCGAAGAUCUAUGGACGGUGGGGGAAGUGUGGGACUGCUCCCCCCUGGCCCUCUCCUCAGCCAGGGUAUCGGCAAUGCGCUGCAGCUUGGGAUAACUCCACAGAAGAGUGGUGUGGACAAGGGACAGGCCAAGGCGGACGAUGGGGUAUGGAGCCAACUGUUGCAACCCGAUCUUCGGGCUGCUGCUAAGCCAGUGGGGCCGCCAAGCUCACCUGCAAGGAAGCGUUCUCCUGCACCAGCCACUGAGCAGUUGCCUGCUUCAGCGGCUGCCAGCACACCGGCGGUUAACUUGCCCACUUCUGAUGCUGUCACAACAGCUGUGGCACCAGUGCCCAGCACAGCUGCACCUCCCUCAGGGGGAAAUGCUGUGCGACCAGCUGAGGAUUCGAAGAAGACUGUGGCCGGGGCAGCUUGGGGGGCACGGGCGAACUCGUCAGCACCAUCUCUUCGAGCAAUACAGGAGCAAGAGAAAAGGCAUGUGGCCCAGGCAGCUGUCCAGGAGCCUGAACCUGUCCCAUCACAGCAAGCAGGGCCCUCUGUAGCAGGAAGGGCCGCUGCUUCCAGCCCUGUGGGCUGGAGUGGCAACCAAGGGAGGUCCAAGCCACAAGCCAGCCUGAGAGACAUAAUGGAGGCAGGAGAUGGUGAUGAUUCACUCUUCUGGGACUAUUCGCCGGCCACACAAGCAACCCCGCCCAAGGCGUGGGCCUCUUCCCAUCCUGGCAUCGGAGGACAGCAGCCACGCUCCCAAGCACCCCGACUGACGAACGUGGCACCUAUCCGUCCAGCUGCUGAGCCAGUGUCAGCACCGCCCAUUCCCACGAGCACUCCCAACACCAGCAGAACAACACCCAGGUCUGCCAGAUCUUCCGCCGCUAAGCAGCCUGCGGUGGCGGCCCAGCCAAGGCAGCCUUCUGGGCAGGCACAGCAGCCUAGGGGGCCAGUUGCCAAGCCGCCAGCGGCCAAGCCUCCCACUGUCGAAGCUCAGGGCUGCAAGAGUGCUGCGCCUCAACCCGGCGUGGUUGGCGAAGGGGGACUCUUUGGGGGUCAGUUCAAGAUCUCACAGAGCUUCAGGGAUUGGUGCCAGCGGCAGAUGAAGGAGCUCACAGGGAACGAUGACAUGGCCCUCGUCGAGUUCCUGCUCUCCCUGAAGGGACGCAUGGAGGUCGUGGAGUACAUACAAGAGUACUUCAAGGGCGCCCCCAAGGAGCGUGUUGCUGAGUUCACGAGGGAGUUCAUGGUGAGGAAGGAGAACGACGGGACCACGAUACGGAGGGAAGAGCAUGAUGGGCACAGAAGGAUGCAGAACGUGCGAGGCCAGCCGCAGGGAUCUGGGGCUCCGAUGGUGGGCUUUGGCAAUGACAGCGAUCUGCAGACACAGACGGCGUCAGAGGCGCAGGUGGUGGCGGAGGGCCAGCAGGGAGGGCAGGCGCCCGGCUGGGAGAAGGUCAAAGGCAAUAAGGGCAAUAAAGCGAAGGCCAAAGUGAAGAAAGGCCAGCCAAAGGGUCAUCAGGUGCCUGCGGAGCUCCUGGGGUUUCGCUCCAACUUUGACGUCCUGGCGAGAGGUGUCGACAAGUAG